ACAAAUUCAAGAAGCAUACGAAGACGUGUGCUUUGCCGAAGAAGAUAUUUCAUUGCACAGCAAAAUUAAAUCCUGACCCAUUACCCGGAAAAGUUCUCACGGAGCCUAUAGCCAAAUUAUUAAAGAAGCCCUCAUCGUCUUGGACAAAGGAGGACGUCAUUCCAGUUGCAAGAAUUUUAGCAGGCAGGAUAACGGUAGAUGGAGCUGGGGACAAUCUGGAAGGUGCUAAUCUUUAUGCUAGUAUUUGCGAGGAUUUCGCAACUUUUCUCUAUAAGCAUCCCAACAUUCGUGCGAUCGUGGAUCCGGUAUAUGUUGUGGCUGAUUUAAACACUGUAAAUGAUGCUAUUCCUGUCAAUUUAUACCCGGCAGGUGAAAAUCCCGCCGUUCCUUUAAUCAACUUUAUGGGUAUUAAUCAUGUAUGGGCUUUCAACGGGCAAGGGGAAAUGGGUCGUGCUCAACACUUUAUUGGUUGGCUUCAAGGGAAUUAA